GACUGUCAAAGUCCACGCUGUCAUAUGUUUUUCAUUCUGAUUUCCACCAAAAAGAGUUCUCGUAUGCAAUUUCCUCCCCAACUCCAAUCUCCAUAGCAGCAACAGCAACAACAACAACAACAAUGGCGUCAUCUUCAAUUCCAAGCCUUCUGCUUCUCCUCUUUCUCCUCGUUUCUCCUCUCUCUAUCUCUGUCUCCGCUCGACCCUGCAAAACCCUCUUUAUCUCUUCCUACACCUUUUCAAUCAAGCCUCUUUACCCUAACCCUAACCCUUCCUCCGCUGGAUUCGUCACGAUCGUCACCGAAAUCAGCCAACAACGCUCCUACUCCUCCGAUGUCUUCCUCGAUGGCAAGAUUUUCCGUUCUAAUGACAAUUCUGAUUCUGAGCCCCAAAAGCGGCAGGAGAGUUCUCCUGUUUUUCCUUUUGGACUUUCUUCAUAUGACAUGAGCUCCCUACGCGAUCGUACUAAGGAUAUUCUUAGUGUUGUGGUGGCUUUGCUUUUUGGUGUUGGUUGUGGCGCUCUUACGGCCGCAACCAUGUAUUUGGUUUGGUCUCUGUUCUCUAACAGAUACGAUUACCGUUACGAGGAAUUUGAUUGCGAAGAUGAGGAUGAACAUGAUGAUCUAAGCCCUAAGAAGGUUGGUUAUAUUAAGAUUCCUGAGGUUGAUUCUGUUGCCAAGCAGGUUAAAGAGGCUGUAUGAGAAGAUUUAGCUUCAUUUUUAAUUAUAUAACGAAGAAUUUUAACUUUAAUCUGUGUUUUAUGGUUUUAUCAACUGUUAUUUCUCGUGACGUUUAUGUUUAUGGUUGAACAGCGAAUUAUGCUUUCUGGUGUAUUAUUGUUAGCAAGCCUAUGGCUUUUAUUGCUACGUGAUGUUCCUGUGUUUAUUACGUUUAUUGUUGUUAGAUUUUGUUCUUAUUACAUGUGGUUGAUAUCUGUUAAUUAAUCUAAUUUGAUGUUUCCAAUGGUAA